AUGGAGCAUGAAAUUGAUGAAUUAGAAAACGAAGAUUGGAUUCGCGGUGAUGAUAUUAACAAUCAUGAUUUAUCGGAAAAUUUUCAUUUCAAUUCAUCCAUAAAUGAUAGAUUGGACAACAUAGCUGGUAGUUCGCAACAAAAUGAUAAUUUUUCACGUAAUGUAAUUUUAAACGACUGUCAACAAUUGUCUCAACAUAACUUUUACGAUGAAGAAAUAGAUAAUGAAUCAUAUGAAAGGUUCAAUUAUCUUGAACGUUUAUCAGUCGGUAGUUCACGAUCAUCGAGUCCACGUUUCAUGCGUGAAAGUCAAGAAAGACAUUUUAAUGAAUACCCGAGAUAUAAUUAUCCUAAUACUGCUCAAAAUUUUAUUUAUCCACAAAUGGAUGAUGAAUUAAAUGAUGACGAAAUGAACAGUUUAACUAAUCAUCUUAGAAUGGGACUAACUAUAUACGAUCAAUCUUCACCAAUAUCUGCUCCAAUAAAUUCCCGAGAAUUCGCAUUACAACAAAGCAGUAACUAUUGUCUAUCAAUAGAUGAUAAUAGAUUUCGUGAACGAUAUGGUAGUAAUCGUAGUAUUUUUUCGGAAGAAGAAAACUCAAUUCAAUCAUGUCGUCAUAUGUCACGAUCAUUUAAUCGAUCAUUAGGUGUUUCAAUAAAACGGCGACAUUCGCUACCAUUAAUCGCAAAACGACAAAUUCGUUUUGGAUAUAUCACUUCAUCAGAAAGUGAUGAAGAAUUAAUGGAUGAUGUUUCAUAUAGUAAUCAUACCAUCAAAAGAAAUUAUCCACUUAGAUCGAGAAUUGAUCUCAGAAGUUUGAGAAUUAAUCGAGGACACUUAUUACGAACAGGAAAUUUACAUCGACGUCAACGAUCAUCGCAAAAAUAUCCACGAUCUCGAUUAUACGGUAGAUUACAUCGCGUGGAUAGUGGUCGAAUUAGACGAAGAAGAUUCUAA